AUGCCAGCUAAUCGCCAUAGAAGUCGGUCAAUUGUCCAAGCCAUCGCCUCCAGUGUUCCCGUGGUGCCCAACCAUGUGUCGCUAGAGCUCCCUGAUCAAGCAGAAUCGUUGCAGACGACUACAACCAUUAGGAGAUCACAUUCACUACUCGAUAUCAUCACCACCACCGCUAAAGCGAGCCCACCAGAAAAUUUGAGCUCUCAUCAUCCGCUAACCACGGUGGAAAAGGAUUCUCUUUGGCAUCAAUAUGUACAAUCCUUUGAGUAUGAUGUAUUGAUCGAUGACGAGGCGGAGGCCUCACGGUUCAAUAUGGGAGUAUCCAAAUACCUCAAUUUUCAAAACGAUUUGCUUUUAAAACACUCUCAUAACCAGAUGCUUCUUCAAAAGAUCGAUGAUUUGUUGGAAUCGAUAUAUGCUCUCAAUGUUGCGUACACGUCGAUCACCAAAGAUACUAAAGACUUCCAGCAACAAAGUGAUCUGCUCAUGACAGAACAGCAGGAAUUGAUCCAGUUUCACACCGUAGUCCGCGACUACUUGUCACAUUUCGAACACCUCAACGAAACCAAUGCGUUUCUCAAUAAACCGGGGAUCAAUAGAAUUGUUCGGUCAGCGAGGUUUCUCAAAGUGCUUGGGAAUUUGGACAGAAGUUUACGGUUUAUUGGUGAGCAUCCAGAUUUCAAAGACGCCGAACUGUACCAGAUGGUACUUCAAUCGUCAUUGACCAAAGCUUUGACCCUCGUGAAAAACUACAUCAAUAAUUCGUUAAACGGCCUUUACAGUACAAUCUCUACCCAACUUGGCCAAUUGAAUGUGUUGACUGCCAAUGUUUUGUUAUACACGAAAUUUGAAAUGGGAUCGGUGGAAAUCAACCGGUUUAUGCAAAUUCUUUAUGAAAAACAACAACGUCAUUCUGGCGACUACGAAGGAUUGCUCAGUGAUAUCCACAAUAAUUAUUUCAAUAUUCGUGGCAAACUUCUUGCUGGAACUUUAAAGAAUCAACUCAGUGCGGCAGAAGUUGGUGAUCGUCCGUUAAUCCAAUUUUUACAAGAUAAUGUCAGUUUUUACAUUGGCUUGGUAAACGAUGAAUACGAAUUGUUUUAUAAAUUCUUCAAUGAUUACAGGCUUCAUAAAUUCCAGCAAGAAGACAAUCCUGAUCUCAAUUUGUCAAUUGCCGAUCAUACUUUGAAUUUCUCAGAAACUCUUACCCCAAACACUUCGUCCCCUAGCCUUGUUGGCUCUUCUACCUCGCUUAUGGCUAUUGGCUCUGGUUUCACUGAGCCAGAUUAUUUCCAUGAUCCCCAAUUCAAUUUCUUUGAGUAUCUUAGUUUUUCUGGUCCCGAGUUCUUUAAUUGGGUCGACACCGUGCUUCUUGAACCAUUACACGAUUUGCUUCGUCCUAGAAUCCUCAAGGAAAAUGAUAUCACUGUGCUUUGCCAACUCAUUUCGCUUUUACAAAAAUAUUAUGAAAAUGAUGAUCUAGAAGAACCAGAGUUCGACGACGCCGCCCAAGACUGGCGCAAGUUCCAGAUCGACUUCGCCAGAGCGUUCAACCCAAUCUUGACAGAUAUCCAAGCCAGACUUAUUUUCAAAGUCCAAGUGUAUAUCGAUGAUAAUAUUACCAAGUACAAGCCACGCUUGGAUGAUUUCAAAGUCCCUCCUGCCAAUGCCGCCUCGGUAGAUGAAAAUCCUCUCGAUUCGGCGUAUUCUGGAUGGUAUCCGACGUUGCGGACCGCGGUGCAACUACUAUCGCAAAUCCACCAGCUUGUCAACUCGGCAAUCUUCGAUGAUCUUGCCCAUGGUGCGGUGCAUUUAUGUAUUGCGUCCCUUCGCGAGGCUUACAGUUUUUCAUUGAAAGUUUCUGGGCCAAAAGACGCCCAGCUUUUCUUGAUGAGGAAUUUGCUUGCGUUGAAACGGUCGGUCGAAGGAUUUGAUAUCGCUUAUGCGAAACUCGCGGAUGUCGAUUUCGAUUUCUCAGGACUCAAACAACUUUUCAAUAAAGUGGCUUCGGGGACCACCACCGUGGGAGGACUCGUGGAAGCGGCAAAGGAAAGCGUACCAAAGAUCGUCACCAACAUGUACGAUGCGAAGAUUGAAAUCCAGGUGGAAUUACGUGCUGUAGUCCACGGAUUUAUGGAGACGGUGGUUGAGGAAAUGGCCAAACCUUUGAAUGACGCCACUACCAAUACUAGUGAAUUGCACCAUGUCAUGGACACGUUCAAAUCGGCAAUCAGCAAUGAAUUGAUCAGCGUGAAAAACCUCUUGUCAUUAUACAUUUCCGACCCCCUUGUUGCUGGAUAUCUAGUUGAUGGAAUCAAGGAGCUACUUUGUGAUAAAUACGAAGAUUUCUAUAAUACCACCGUGAGUGAAACCAUUGAAAAGGCCCAGCUCAACGAAUUGAUGGAAGUUGAUGCGCUCAUUGGGUACCUUGGCGACGUCACUUUGGAGAUUUUAGGCAGUGGUGGAAGAGAAGAUAAAGGGAUUAAUAUUAAUGAUGAUGAUAAAUUGAGUGUGGACAUGGUUCAAGAUUUAUCAGAUAUAGAAUAA